CUUCAGUCAAGCAUGGUGUACGCAAAACCAUUGUUUUGAGCUAAAAAAUAAAUUAAACUUCCACUAGUAACGAACGGGGGAGAGGAAAAUCGUCGCACAUUUUAUCAGAUUACUGCAUUUUCGCUGAUUUCUGUGAAGAAAUGAUGUCUGCGUUUCAGAGGACUUUGAUUCAGCUGGCAAAAGUUGCUUCUUCAGGACCGGUUUACAGACUUUCAGCCUGUAGAAGAUUUCACGAAUCAACCUUUGCAAAUGCCCGGAAUUUUUCAAGCGCCGAAGGUUAUUUGCCAGUUAAGAAAAGUGAAGAGGAAUUCAGCAUAUUGAAAGAAAAUAUUCACCCGAAAGAUGCACUCAUGCAAUCAAUGAAAUCCGCAACCUCCACGGACGUCCUUCUGCAGAGCGUUGAAAAAAAUGAAGCCGGAUUGAAUCCGAACGUGGCUCACAUGGCUCUAAGAAAUCUUUUUGUACUGCACAGAGGCAAACACUCGUCGCUCAGCAAAGAAGACAUCGUAGUGAGCAAGACAUUCGAGAAAAUUUGCAAGAGCGUCAAAUCAGGGCUAAGAUUAUUAUCAGUCAACAAUCAAAUUGAAACGUUGAAGGUCCUGAUCUACUUUGGUGUGCCUCCGACCAGCAUCAUGGUGCAGUCGGUUCUGCACCUGCUGAAGAAGCAGGUCAACGAUCUCAAUAUCAGCGAAAUUAUCUUCUUGCACACCCUCUGCCGCAGGUCCCAACAAGAUUCCAACAUCAAAAGCAUGGAAAUCGCCCUACCCCUGGUCUUCGAGGCAAAUUUGAAAUUGAAACUUGAGAGGGAGAAAAUGAGUCACGUAGCUGAGGCUUUGGAUUUUGCAACUAAAUACAAAGUUUCUAAUGAGGCGUUUGAUGACUUGAUCACCACUGCCUCAAAGUUGGACAUCCACGGCGCUCGAGAAGCAUACCAAGUUGCCAGAGGGUGCACUCGAAUUUCCUACCAGCAUCCUCUUAAGGGUAAACUCUGCAGAAACGCCCUCGACUAUAUUGUGGACAACUUCGACCAGUUUUAUACUGAUGAUAUUAUGAUGCUUUUGAGUCAUCUUGCGCCGCAAGUGAAGAAAAACCCUGAAAUGUACCAUGCUAAUUUUUUCAAAGAAUGUGUACAAAGGGCUAUUGCCGAAAAGUUUGGUCUCUACAAGUCCAUUGGCUUUGCAAAGAACCUCUCGAAAGCUAGUUAUUGGAGUGCCGAAUUAAUAGACUACAUUUGCGAAGAGUUGAUUUUGCACCCCGAUGAGCUCAAGUCGAACGUUUGGUUGUCUGCACCUAUAAUCUUGAUCAACAACAUUUCCUCGUCUGGAUACACUCCUAAAAAAUGGGAUGAGGUUCAGCCCAUUCUCUUUGGAAUUCUGGCCAACUUGCCUGAGUCAAAAUUUAACUUCAAUUGGAUCACCAUCGCUUGUGAUUUGGCCAGAAUUGGAGCUUUUGACGACCAUGUUAUCCAGAAUGUCUUCGAUGCGGACUACUUAAGUGAAGUGUUUUCAUCAGGAUCAGCAAGUAGAUUGGAUCACAUUCAGCUCGAGGCGCUGUACCAGGCUGUUAAAUUGUUCUUCCCAGAAUACUGCGGGCCUCUUCCAUCCGAGGCGCUAUUGAAGAGCAUCCUCGAGUUGAAAUUAGAAUACGAAACUAAAUUUCCUUUGAAGGGAGACUUGGAAAUCGGGUUUGGUGGCUCUCGGUACAUCCUUGACAAUGUCAUCACAAAGUUAAACUUCAUUGCUGAUCAUGCUGUGCUUAUCAGAAAAGGUGGCUUUCCCGUAGCACUUAACCAAAAUAAAGCGGAGGACAAAGAGAAAGAGGCAAUUUUUUUGGACAACUACGAAAUACCUGCAGACAGUGAAUUGCUCUUGAUCUUGUACAUGCCAAAAGCUGCAUACAGUUCCGUUGAUGACGGCAACACCCUUAAAUUCAGGGAGCAAUUUAAACUGAAGGCGCUAGACAAACUGGGUUACAAAACUCUGGUUGUUAAGGAGACAGAUUGGCUAGCAUUAGCGGAGCACGAGCGUGUAGCAUUCUUGAUGCAGAAAAUUAAGGAAAAAAUGAAAGACCAGUAUGAAGGUCUUAGUGUAGUUUAAGAAAAGCAAAAUAUGGUACAUAAUAAAAUAGAUUUUUUAGUA